AUGGCCAGCAAGAAGCCGUGCACGGAUUUAAGCAAAAGGAGCCGAAGUCCGGUGGUUCUCGAAGCCGAGAUGUUUACCGAAUUUCAGGAGUGGUGCCUCCGGACUUACGGCGACUCGGGCAAAACCAAGACGGUGACGCGGAGGAAAUAUAACAAAAUCAUGCAGACCCUGUUGCAGACCGAUGAGGCGGACGGUUUAUACGUGGAUAACAGCCACAUCAACGCCAAAUUCAAAUUCUGGGUCAAAUCCAAAGGCUUUCAGGUUGGCAGCAACGUGCUGGGCGAGCACAACCAGAAGGGCACCCCGGGAAAGCCCGUGCUUUACGUGCCCGUCAAAUCUACGUGUUCUGAUGGUGGACAGUCGCAGGACAGUUCUCUAAAGCGUGUCGCAGUGGUAGAGGAUUUCUUCGACAUCAUCUAUGCCAUGCAUGUGGAGAUGGGUGCAGAUCCUGGCAGAGCACCCAAACAUGCAGGCCAGAAGAAAACCUACAAAGCGAUUGCAGAGACAUACGCGUUCCUUCCCCGCGAGGCGGUGACCCGCUUCUUGAUGAGCUGUGGAGAAUGCCAGAAGAGAAUGCACAUCAACAAUAGCACAGCAGAGUUCAAAGAAAAUGACCGGCCCACCUCUCUGGUCCCGGACCUCAUCGACUACAACAUGCCUCUUACUGCCACCUACCUGAAACAGAUGAAGCUGCAGUGCAUGAAUACCAAUGAACAGGAUGAGAGCUCGGUAAGCAGUGAAGACCUUGAUAUGGCCGAGCCAGCAUGGGUCUCCACUGAGCGCGCUCCAGCCACAGUGCCCAGUGCCAGUCCUGACCCACGACCAGAUAGGAAGUCCACCCCCCCACAGCCAAACAUCAAGGAGGAGGAAGAUGACUCCUCCUCUGAAAAUAGCAGUACAAAUGGUCUCCCUGCUUUGGCGCCACCCAACGGUAUCGCUGUGCUAACCGGGGGCGUUCCUGUACCAGAAGGCUUAGUUCCAUAUGAAGAAGUUAACUCCAAUGGAACUACCGCGCCGCUGGACUUCAGCACCACCUCGCCCUCCUCGUCCUUAGAGGAAGGCCAACAACCCCUCAACCUGAGUGAUAGACUGUUGUCAGGUGUCAACUCCACAAUUGCACCAUUUCCAGCAGACCCCAAUAGAAAAUACAUAGUCAAAACAGAGUACAACAACAAGUCUCCUCAGUACAGCUCAGGAAGCUAUGACUCGGUGAAGACUGAAGCAAGCAUAUGCACGGAAGACCUGAACACACCACGCGCUCAGGUCAUGGACGACGACGACGACGAUCAUGACGAUCAUGACGACAGCGACAAGAUUAACGACGCAGAGGGUCUGGACCCUGAAAGACUUAAAGCCUUCAAUAUGUUCGUACGCUUAUUUGUGGAUGAGAAUCUAGACAGGAUGGUGCCCAUCUCCAAGCAACCAAAGGAGAAGAUCCAGGCCAUCAUUGAGUCCUGCAGCCGCCAGUUCCCCGAGUUCCAGGAGCGAGCUCGUAAACGCAUCCGCACCUACCUCAAAUCCUGCAGACGCAUGAAGAAGGGAGGCUUCGAGACACGACCCACUCCUCCCCACCUCACCUCCGCCAUGGCUGAAAACAUCCUGGCAGCUGCCUGCGAGAGUGAGACACGCAAUGCUGCCAAGCGAAUGCGCCUCGACGUCUACCAGAACCACGACGAGUCUAUUACUGCAGACAAGCCAAAUUCACGGGACCCGGCUGCUGUGACCCACACAAGCUUCACACUGGCUGCUACAGCCUACAACCAGGACCAGCUCUACACCAAUGGGGGUCUCAAUUACAAUUUCCGUGGUUACGGGACGCUAGGAAACAGCCUGCAGAGCAGUGGGACAACUCAGAGCAAUGGUCCCACCGAUCUGAGCAUGAAGUCCGUGAGCUCCAGCUCGUCCACCUCAAGUUCCAACAGUCAUGGUCAGGGCGGCGGAGGUGGAGGAGCGUCGGCUCAGCUCAGCCCUCCCGAAGUCACGGCGGUGCGGCAGCUCAUCGCCGGCUACCGCGAGUCUGCGGCAUUCCUGCUCCGCUCAGCCGACGAGCUUGAGAACCUCAUUCUCCAACAGAACUGAGAACCACACACAUGGGUCAGCCCAGUUUCUGUCACACACACACACACACGUAUACGUGCACACAAAUAUACGCCCAUAAAACACACAGUAUGCACAGUAUUGGAAUGUGCAUACAGUUCAUUCGCAGAAAAUGUCAAUGUAGCUACAUGGCCACAAGGACACACACACACACACACACACACACAGUCCCCUCUUUCUAUGAAGCUACCUAUUAUACUCGUUAUGAUAUAGCCUUAUCUUUAUCAGAGUGUCUUUCCCAAAUUCCCUUUGCCUAGAAAUGAAUUUGCAACAGGGCACAACUUUACUACGAACGAGACAUUGUCAGCCUGCCUUGGCCGUAAGAGCCUGUGAAGUUGACGAUGACCGGUUUGACUUUGACAAAGAUGUCACAGCAUAGCACUGUACCGAGCACAACCUGUGAUGUAAAAGCCAUCGGAUGGCUGACCACACAGACAUCAGCACUGCUGGGAAACAGAUUCUCAU